AAAUGGAAAAGGCUACAGAAAGGCCAAAGAGGCUUCUUUUCUUUUCUGCCAUCAAAAGAACCAUCUCUUUUUGCUGCUGAAGUGCAGAACCAAGAGCAACCACUCCCUUACUUUGUAGCAUAUUUUUGCUUCAAGCAUUCAAGCUGCCUUCUUUCUCUCCAUUUCAUUUCUCCUUGCUUCAUUCCAUUCCUCUUCAACCUUCAUUUUUUGCUCAAGAUUUUAAUGUCUCCACCACAGGAGCAAUAUUACAUAGGCUUAUCAGAGGCUUCUUCAGUUGAAAGAAACUCUGACAAGAUCUCGUCUUCGUCAUCUUCUUCCUCUAAUAUUUGCCCGGAGGAUGAAGGAAAUAAUGCCUUGAAUCUGAAGGAGACUGAGCUGAGACUUGGCUUGCCUGGUUCACAGUCUCCUGAAAGGAAAGCUGGACAUGGGGUCUCCCUAUUUGGAAAGGAUUUAGAGGAAAAAACUAGCGGGUUUAAGAGCUGUGUCUCAGGGGCUAAGAGGGGUUUUUCUGAUGCCAUUGAUGGAUCUGGAAAAUGGGAUUUGAGGAUGAAGGUUAGUUCUGAUGUGUCUUUUGGAAAGACUGAGGUUUUGUUCUCUCCUGGGGGAGGGAAGGAUGGUGCUUCUAAGAACAUUAAUACUCUGCAAUCAUGUUUGCCUGGGCUCCCUGGGAAAGAGGCAGGUGCUCCCCCUGCUGCUAAGCCUGUUGAGGAGAAGAAUACCUCUUCUGCUAAAGACCAUGGCAGCUCUCCUGCUUCAAAGGCACAAGUGGUAGGAUGGCCACCAAUUCGAUCUUUCCGAAAGAACACCCUUGCUACAAACUUAUCAAAAAAUAGUGAUGCUGAAGCAAAAUCAGGACCAAGCUGCCUUUAUGUUAAGGUCAGCAUGGAUGGUGCUCCAUACCUUAGGAAAGUUGAUCUCAAAACAUACUGCAACUAUGCAGAACUCUCAUCUGCUCUUGAGAAGAUGUUCAGCUGCUUUACAAUUGGACAGUGCACUUCUAAUGGACUUUCAGAGCAAGAGGGGCUCAAUGAGAGGGGCUUAAAGGAUCUCCUCCAUGACUCUGAACAUGUGCUAACCUAUGAAGACAAGGAUGGUGAUUGGAUGCUAGUUGGUGAUGUUCCAUGGGAGAUGUUCAUAUGUUCAUGCAAGAGAUUAAGGAUCAUGAGAGGGUCAGAGGCAAUUGGGCUGGCUCCGAGGGCUAUGCAGAAGUUCAAGAACCAAAGUUAAAAAGUUACAAAAAGUUCCACAAAUGGGGGAUUUUGCUGAAGCUUUCUUGAUAUUUUGGCUGGGUUAAAGUGUUAGGUUUUAUUAGAUGGAAAUAUAUUGUAACGAACAGCAGCACAACUGGAGAAAGCCCAGAUAUCUUGUUUCCUCCUUUUAUUUAACUUCUUGAACAGAAAUCAGAAUGUAAAUGAAGUGCUUGCUAACAGCAAAUCAGUUUUACUGUUACCUUCCUCCCUUUGUCGCAUGA